AGAUAGCUGGGUGCUAUGAGACUUCAUGGUACACCCUCAUGUAGGAUGCCUUGCUGACUAUCUAUCUCACCGGUCUACAGACACCCUACUAAACAUUUCACAGACCCUCGAUCCAGACUCUUAUCACGUGACAUGCCAUUUCAAACUCCUCCUCUCCAACCCUAAAGACAACCUAGGCCCCUGGAGUUGGAAAAGCGGAGAAUCUAUCACACCUCAGAAGACGAGAGUAAAGAAAGGAUCGCCCCCCUCAGCAAUAGUCCCUCCUACACGACUAUCUCAUCCUUUCUCUUUCUGUCACCUCACUAACUACAUUUACCCUAGCCCCUACCUCAGAGAAUACUGCAAUUUGGUGUCAGAUUCUCAGCCGGACCACAUUAACAACACCAGAUUACCCGAGCUGAAGAUAAAACCUAUAACCCUGCCCUGCCUGGGAGCCUGCAACUCUCGCAGUAUUGUCAGCUCCGGACCCGGCAUACUCACCAAGACACUCUGCCUCCAAAACGGUUCCGUGCAGAGCCCUUCUUCAGACUUCAAGCUUCCCUUCCUAAAUAUAGGUAGCGGGGUUGUGCCGUUUAAAAAGAAGAGAGGCGAGCAGAAUAAAAGAAAACAAUCGUCAUGUUCGCUUGUUAAUCCUGGGAUUAGACUUGUUCCAUCGACCUGCCAUCAUCAUUUGUCCCAAGAAAAUUACUGUUUUGAAGCAUGAAAACUCUAAAAAUAAAGGAAAGAACCGACUCGGACUUCCAAAAAUUUGAAAAGACACUUUAUCACAAAGUGUGGAAGGGGCACAAUGACAGGCCCAGCAGCCAUAUCUAAUGUCAUCCCGACAGUAGGGGAGCCAUGCCGACCCUACAAAUUACCUAAUAACGAUAACAUUAAUAUUGUCGUUCAGACUCAGAGAUUAAAUUUGAUUAAAACUGUUUUUAUUGUAGUUUUAGUGUAUUAUAGUGUAUACUGGGAUAAUCUUCUCUUUGGGAAGUAAUUUUCCGACCUUAGAAGUUGGGGUAGCAAUUUAACACUAGGUUUUGUGUAAGCACGCUAGUUUAAUUAGGAAAUAAUUAGUAGGUACAGUUGAUCCCGGUCAAGGAAUCCAAAUUGUUGAAAAACUCGAGACUGAAAAUAUGAUGUGUCACAGAAAGGCUAAAAGUGUCACGUGCAUAUACACACCCUGUAUUGGCAAUAGUGAGGGGGGAAGUUAGGACCAGGAUAAGUCCCCGCUGUAGCAUAACAAUGCUUUGCUUCCAAUGCGCGUGGCACGUGAUGCGCGCGUGAUUAUCGUCACGUGCAGGUCACGUGACUUCUCAUGAUGCUUAUCAUUGGAUUGUGCAGCCUCAUGGUUUAUUACACUUGUAUCGCAUAUGUGGGAUGCUAUAUUUUUUGGGAAGUGUUCCAAAAAUAUCACUUUCUAAUAAUAUGUGUGUCAAUGUUGCUUUUUCUACAAUUCCUGUCCCUUUGUAAAAACAGUGUGGACGUUAUGAACACUAUUACACUAAGAUUAGCGGGUCAUACCCGUAGUUUAAGAGUGGUUUCACUAUUUAAUAAACUAAUUAAUAUAGGGUGAUUUUAAAAUUGAAGUUAACAUGAUAUUGAUAAUGAAUGAUUCACAAUAAUUUUCCCACAGAUCGUAAUUCUAGAAUUAAUGCAUAAUACACCUUUAUACUUUAUACAGACUCGAAUAAUCAGAAUAAUCGCAUAUUUUAUAUAUCAUUUAUUCAACGAAAGUUUUAAAUAAGUUAAUAACAAAGCAUUUAUCAUUUCACAUGCUAAAUAAGAAAAGGUUUAUUUAUCACGAUGUUACGUAAUAUGUCUUGUUAACUCAUUCUAUAUCUCCAAACUAUUUUCAUCUUUGACAAAAGUAACAAAACG